AUGGACAAAGAGAAGUUCUUGGCCGUCGAGCUGGUUUCUUGCUUGAUUCCGUUUUCGUUUGAUGCAAUUCAUUAUUAUACAAAGAUAUUUAAUUUCUUCAUGAGAAUUCGAACUGAGUUUGUGAAUCAGGAGAAGUUACGGAGAAAAAUUUACUCUUCCGCUCCAGUUGACAAUUCUGUGAAGAGGACAUAG